AGUGCCAUCGUAAACAGUGCGGUGAUCGCUCGACUCAGACCGCCGGAAGUCCAACUAAAUAGGGAAUACAUUACCCCAGAUAAUGCUUUAAAAAAAAACCCCCGAUAGUAUUUCCAGCAAUUCUCCAGUAAUACCUCAAGAAUAUCCCAGCACAAACCCGGUAAAACCUAUUAGAAACACCACUGAUCUCGAUCAUGGGCAGCAAUGGAUCGCUUCUGGUGAUCCUGCUCUCCGGACUCCUGCUCCUUGAACUCCUUUGGACGUUGGAGGCCUCACUGUAUACGAGUCAGAACAGCAAUGCCCAUGAGACCAGGAGACGCUCCAGGCCGAGGAAUCGGUGUCCCCAGGUAGGCGCCAUUAAAAACUUUGAUCUGGAACGCAUGAUGGGUUGCUGGCAUGUGGUCCAGUACUAUGCUUCCACAGAGGAACUGCCGGAAUAUGCCUGUAUGCGCAGUCACUUCUCCUUUUCCAAGGAGGAUCAGCAUAUAACCAUGAAUUUCAGCUAUAUCUUUGCGGAGGAUCCGCUGCGCGAGAAGCUGGUGGGCAACAUCACCUGGAUGAUACCCAAGUUCGAGGAGCCGGGUCACUGGCAACACACCGAAGAUAUAUAUGAGGGCGUCUACAACACAUAUGUGCUGGACACGGACUACGACACCUGGGGCCUGGUGAUGCACUGCGCCGAAAAAAAGAAGCAUCCGCGCUACCUCUCCGCUUUGCUUUUGGCCCGAAAAACGUCACUGGCCGACAACGAGAUUAGCUUUUUGCGCGGCAAGCUGCCGCAAGACAUCGACAAGUCCUUUAUGUUCGACAUUGGCCAAGGAUCGUGCGACAACCUGAUGGAGUCGAGCCAGGACGAUCCGUUGGCCUACGUAGUGAACGGUCGCCGAAACGGUAGGGAAAUAUUUAAGCUGGUCAAUAAGCUGGGACGGUAGGGUAUCGGCAAAAAUCAUAAAAUAUAUAUUGAAAAGUAAAAGAAAAGUAUAUUUAUCCAUAUAAAUAUAUGUAUUUAUCCUUAUCAGACAACAUAGUGCUGAAUCAAGAUGUAUUUCUAAAUUGUACUUAUUUCUAUAUCAAUAAAAAUUAAUAUACUA